AUGACUGCUGAUAAUGAAAAUAAAAAAUGGUUUCGAGAAGUAAAUCCAAGUUUUUGGCCUGGUCAAGCAUUUUCACUUGAAAUUGAUGAAGUUCUUUAUCAUCAAAAAUCAAAAUAUCAGGAUGUUCUUGUUUUUAAAAGUAAAACCUAUGGUAAUGUGCUUGUUCUAGACAAUUGUAUUCAAUGUACAGAACGUGAUGAAUGUGCUUAUCAAGAAAUGCUUGCAUUUCUUCCUUUACUUGCACAUCCUAAUCCAAAAAAAGUAUUAAUUAUUGGUGGAGGUGAUGGUGGUGUUCUUCGUGAAGUUGUUAAGCAUCCACAAGUUGAACAAGCUGUUCUUUGUGAAAUUGAUCAAGAUGUAGUUGAUAUUAGUAAAAAAUAUUUACCUAAUAUGGCCAAAGGUUUUUCUAGUCCAAAAGCAGUGAUAAAUAUUGGUGAUGGAUUUGAAUAUCUUAAAAAUCAUAAAAAUGAAUUUGAUGUUAUUAUUACAGAUUCAUCUGAUCCUGAAGGUCCAGCAGAAUCUUUAUUUCAAGAAUCUUUUUAUUCAUUAUUAAAAUCAGCUCUUAAACCACCACAUGGUAUUAUUUGUUGUCAAGGUGAAAGUAUUUGGCUACAUUUAAAUUUAAUCAAAAAAAUAGUAACAUUUACUCGUAAUGUUUUCCCAACAGUUGCUUAUGCUUUUGCAUCAACACCAACAUAUCCAAGUGGUACUAUUGGAUUUCUUCUUUGUAGUCUUGAUAAAGACAAGAAAUUAAAUGAACCUGUUGAUGAAAAACUUAUCGAUCAACUUGAUACAUGUUUUUAUACAGCUGAAAUUCAUCGUGCUGCUUUUGCAUUACCUGCUUUUGUUCGAAAGGAGCUAAAUAAUGCGUAG